CGGCGCGAGAAAAUGGUUUGAAAAUGUGAAUUGGAUUGUAUUUCGAAACGGUUCGAACCAAUUUUGACGUGACGUCAUGGGUUUAUCGCGAGAAUGUAGUUUUUCAAAACAGUUUAGAGCCAGUUUCAAAAAAGUGGACGCGAGAAAACGCCUAUGGCCUUUGUGAGAAAAGAAUGACAUAUGUCAAUUAUGUCAUAAAUUGUUUCCAUACAAAAAUAAAAUAUUUAAAAUUAAAAAUAAAUAAAUAGGAAGUUAAGUUUGGGAAAUAGGAAUUGUAGUGUUUGUUCAAUAUAUCAUCCUCACCAAUUUACAUCUAUACAGCUGAAAAACAAUGUCCAAGUAUAAAGGUAAUUUUCGUCAAAAACGCAACAAACCAGUAAUGGGAAAACAGGGAAGAGAAGUAUUAGAGGCUCUAGAUGAAUCUAAUCCUGUUAUACAAAUGUUCAAGAGUUUCGCAGCCGAAUUAGAUGAUAAACAUGAUCGUUAUGAAAGAAUUGUUAAACUCAGCAGAGAUAUUACAAUUGAAGCUAAACGGAUAAUAUUUUUGCUUCAUAAUUUCAAUAUAGAAAUUGAUUCCAAAAGAGAUUCGAUACUGGAAGAAGCCAAAACUCGUUUAACAGCCAUUUUCCAAAUCAGUUUCCUAGCAAUCGCUAAAGAAUUGCAAAAUCAUAAUGCCUAUUUGUACCAUAGAGCAUUUACUGCGGGAAUGCAAGAAUUUAUUGAGGCUCUUUGCUUUUAUCAGUUUGUUAAAGAGGAGAAAAUCGAUAAUUGGAAGUUAGUUAAUAACCAUUUCCAGUAUACUGAGGAGGAUAAUCCACUAAGUUUAUUAUUUACUCAAUACGAUUUUUUAUUGGGCAUAGCAGAUUUUACCGGAGAAUUGAUGAGAAAAUGCAUCAACACCAUCGGAUCAGGCAAUGUUAGCGAUUGCUUUAAGACUUGCAAUUUUGUUAAAGCCAUUCACACUGGAUUUUUAGGCUUAUCUUACACUGGAAAUAGGGAAAUAUCCCGUAAGGCUUAUGUCUUGAAGCAAAGUUUGAAUAAAAUGGAGCUGGUUUGUUAUAAUUUGCAAAUAAGAGGCAAAGAAAUUCCAAGACACAUGCUACUUAAUGUAAUUGAGUUUCAGGAUACUGAAAUUGAUGCAGAUGAGGGUUUUGUAAAUUGAUAAAGCAAGCAGUUUUUUGUAUUAUGAUCUUGAAUAAAGACAAUUAUUAUUAUUAUCGAUACACCAA